AUUACAUUCUGUCGAAUAUUAUUACAUUGUUUUAUUGUUGCAAUGGAAGUUCGUCGCAGACGUAUAAAAACAAAUGAUAACAAACGUUUGUCGCGGUUAAGCGCGAAAUUUGAUUGCGAUGAGAUCGGUACCGGCGAUUAUCUUACAACCAGGAUACAAAAGGAAGAGAACGAGCAAGAAAUUGUAUUGCAAAAAGAUAAUGAAAAUUAUUUGCCUGAAGAUGAAAUUAAGAUAAUCAAUGAUGAGAAACGAGCUAGAUUGAAGAUAUAUUUGGAAAUUGAUCUAAUAGCUGUUAUUUUAUUGAUCGCUGCUCUCGUCACACGUCUCUAUAGAUUGCAAGAACCAAGAAGUAUAGUGUUUGACGAACUGCAUUAUGGUAAAUAUGUGGGAAUGUAUAUGAAACGAACAUUCUUCUUUGAUUCACAUCCACCUUUGGGAAAACAACUUAUUUCUAUUGUCGCUUAUAUAGCUGGCUUUGAUGGACAAUUUAAAUUUGAUAGAAUAGGAAGCCCUUAUGCUGAUAUGGUUCCUCUUUUUGCGUUACGUUUAUUUCCUGCUUUAUGUGGAAGUUUGAUAAUACCAACAGCUUAUCAUCUUGCCUUAGAAUUAGGUCUGAAACAAUGGACUGCAAUGAUUGCAGGAAUACUUUUGUUAUUUGAUAAUGCACUUCUUACACAAUCAAGAUUUAUCUUAAUGGAAAGUAUAUUGAUUCAAUUUUCAUUAUUUGGAUUGUUAUGUAUAAUAAAGUUUAGAAAAGUUAUGGAUCAACCGACAAGAUUGUCAUGGUGGUUGUGGUUGUCUUUAGGAAUUGCAAGUUUAACAUGCGCCGUAUGCGUUAAGUACGUUGGAUUUUAUACAUUAAUUCUUGCCAUUUACCUUAUUGCUCGAGAUUAUUGGUCUUUGAUACCUAGGAAGACUUUAUCCACUAUAAGAUUACUUGGUCAUCUAUUAUUGAGAAUUGUUUUAAUAAUCGGUGUGAUGAGUACUAUAUAUUUAGGUGUCUUCUAUAUACAUUUAGAAACACUUUAUAAAGCUGGUCCGCAUGAUGCAGUAAUGACCAGUGCAUUCCAGGCAAGUUUAGAAGGUGGUCUUGCGAGUAUUACUAAGGGACAACCUUUAGAAGUUACACAUGGUUCACAAAUUACUUUGAGGCAUACUUAUGGAAGAGCGUGUUGGCUUCAUAGUCAUAGUCAUAUGUAUCCAUUAAGAUAUCCAGAUGGUAGAGGAAGUUCUCAUCAACAACAAGUUACUUGUUAUUCGUUUAAAGAUGUUAAUAAUUGGUGGAUAAUAAAAAGACCUGAUAGAAAUGACUUGGUCGUUACAAAACCUAGCGAGCCAAUAAAACAUGGAGAUGUAAUACAAUUGGUUCAUGGUAUUACUAGUCGUGCAUUAAAUUCACAUGACGUUGCUGCACCUAUGACACCCCAAAGCCAAGAAGUAUCUUGUUAUAUCGAUUACAAUGUAUCCAUGCCUGCUCAAAAUCUUUGGAGAGUAGAAAUAACAAACAAAGAUCAAUCGGGUGAUAUAUGGCAUGCUAUUCAAAGUCAAGUACGCUUGAUACAUGUAAAUACUGAAUAUGCGUUAAAAUUUAGUGGUAGACAGUUGCCAGAUUGGGGUUUCAAUCAAUACGAAGUUGUAGCAGAUAGAUUGGUGGAUCAAUUGAAUUCAAUAUGGAAUGUCGAAGAACAUAGAUAUACUAAAAAUGAAGAUCAAAAACAAAGAGAAAGAGAACUUAUUAAUGCAGAAAUGAUACCAUUGCGCGCAACUACGUUAACAUUUUGGGAAAAAUUUAUAGAAUUGCAAAUAAAAAUGUUAUUUGGUAGUCAAGAGGGACAAAAUAGUCAUAUGUAUUCAAGUGGUCCAUUGGAAUGGCCACUCAUGUCUAGAGGCAUAGCAUAUUGGGUUUCUAACGACAGCAAUGCACAAAUUCAUCUUUUAGGAAACAUAGCAAUAUGGUAUUCCGGUACAGCAGCUUUAAUAGUGUAUACGGCACUUUUAAUAUUUUAUAUUAUGAGAAGAAGAAGAAUGUGUUUUGAUGUUAUUAAUGGAGAAUGGAAUAGAUUUCUUAACGCCGGUGGUAUAUUAUUAUCUGGUUACUUAUUACAUUUUUUACCAUUCAUAUUUAUAGAAAGAACAUUAUUUUUACAUCAUUAUUUGCCGGCAUUUGUUUUUAAAGUUCUUUUAAUAGCUGUCAUGAUAGAUCAUAUUUAUUAUUUAAUAAGAAGACGAUAUACUAAUAAUACGAUGAUUUUAUAUGCAGUGACAAUUAGUACUAUUACAUGGUUAAUCUUCGUUAUUUAUGUAUUCCGAAAAUUUGGUGCACUCAGUUAUGGAGUAGUACCUCUUAGUACCAAGGACAUAUUAAAAUUAAAAUGGAAAGAUACGUGGGACUUUAUCAUACACAAAUCUUAGUAAUUAUAAUUUGAUGAUUAUUAUUCACAUUAAUUCUAUAUACGGAGUGUUCUGUAAUAACUUAUGGUAAAAGCAAGCAGAAGAUGAUAAUACAUAGAAAAUUAUAUAUGAACAAAUUUUAUUCCACAUUUCCGACUUAAUUUUGUAUGUAUAAUCACUCCUUACUUACUUGUACCAUAAGUUACAGGACGCUCUGUAUAUAAUAUUGAUGUAAUUGCAAAAUAGGAAGUUUUUUUUUUUGCCUAUGCGUUGGAUAUGAAGUAUAUAUGCACAUUUGGAUAAUUAUAGUAAUAAUAAUAUCCAAAUGUA